GUACGAUUGGUGUAACCAUCAGUCUUCCACCCAUACAUCAUCAGCCUCUUAAUUCCUUUCACCUUCAUACACUCGAUAAAGAACAAAAUCAAUAAGACUGCACGAAGUCGUCCGGCGCAAUCGAAGACUUCACCUUCUACCAUCUGUCGUCUUCUUCUUAUUUUCACUUUUUUCGUAUCAUUGGACUCCUUUUCAAUAAUAUUUACGUCUGUCAAAACAAUCAAACAUUGACGCUGAGCAUCUCGAUACCAACAUCACAACCACAGGAUGGCUUCCUGGGGUCUACUUGACGACAAGGAGGAGAAUGAGCUCCACAAGUCACGACUUCUCAACGUGGAAGAGAAGCCCUUCAAGCGCGUGACUAAGCGCCUUAGCACUCUUCACUCCUUAACCCUCUCGAGAGCUCGUCAAGCACCCACCCCGCCUCCGGAGGGCAAUAGCGCGACUGCUGGAACUACCGAGCAGGAAGUCCAAACGCCCACCGUGACCGGCGAUUCGGCCACAUCGGACCUCGCUCAGCUCAAGGAGGACAUCAUUCUGGACUUUGCCGCCUUUGAUAGCAGCAUCGCGCGGCUUCAGUUUCUUCUGACUGCCAACGAGCGUGAGCGCGAACGGUAUGUCGCCGAGCGUGAGCGCAUUCUCAACACGGCACAGGCAGUGCGCAACAACACUGUCCAGCUACGUGUUCAACUAGAGCAGGCCCGUGCCACGCUUGAGGAGCGCAAGAAGUUCGAUGAGCUGGCUGAUAAGAUCACCAACAACCCUGCUUUGCGUACCAGAGCAGAGCAGGCGGCGAACCUGAGGAAACUGGAGGAGGAGAUUGCCGAGUUAAAGACGGAGAGCGAGACCUACGGCAUUACGUGGCAUGAGCGGCGCGACCAGUUUGCGAAAAUUAUGGAUGAGAGCAUGCGGUUGAGGCGGUUGAUCCGUGAUGAGAAGGAGGAGGUAGAGCGCCGCGAAGGCAUGGGCGAUGACGAAGGCGGUGCCGGCGACACCGAGGCGGACGCCGGACAGACCCCACGGCCCGGGAUUUCUAGCGGCAAUGCAACCCCGAGGCCGGAUAGCGGACUACCAACAAAGAGCGGAGUCGAGAGCGGUGACGCCGCUGGCACACCCCAUCCCGUCUCGACACUUGGCGCCAGAACACCAGCGCGCGAUACUCCUGCCCCGGGUGAUGAGAACCAGUCAUUCCUCAAGCCGCCUCAUGACGUCUCGGGAGGUUACUCGCAAACGACAAGCCAGGAAGCAAGCCGCGAAGGUUCUGUUAAUAGAGGUGAUGGCAACGAAGCGACACAGGGAACCGAUGUGGAGAUGACUGAGGUCAAGGAAGAUGAGGAGGAAGUCGAGGAGCCGGAUAGUCCUCUUUCGCCUCUGCCGGACCAGACCCCGCCGCGACCGCGGAUCACGGUUGACGGUCCUAAUGCAGAUGAGGACACCAUGGACACCACGUAAGGAUAUUAGGUAUAGGGAAU